AUGUAAUUCUUCUCCAAAUGCAGUCAUGAUUUUCUUUUUUUGAUGAGGCAAUUGUGAAAGUUAGUGUCAUAAAAAUGUCAGCCGUUUACCCAAGCCAACAAAAUAAAGCUAUUCUUGUGAAGAAUAUCCCACCGAAGGUACACAGUGACAAAAUAAUAAUUCAUUUUCAAAGAAGAAGUAAUGGUGGUUGUGGAGAUGUGAAGUCUGUUACUCAUCCAAGAUCAAAAUAUGACUUGAAUGAAGCUGUUGUUGAGUUUGAAAAUCAUGAAAGUAUGAAAGCAGUUCUUCAACAUCCAGUACAUAUGUUGAAUGAAAAUCGUCUUGUUGUGACUGAAUUUCCAUAUCAGUUACUGGGUGAGACUGAAGUAGAGAUAUCUGAAUCAACAAUGUCAAAACUGUCACGUAAAACAGAUGUAUUCCUAAUUAUAACAGAUAACACUGGAAUCACAUUUGUCAAGAAAAAUGGGAAGCAUUUCAUGACAGGUCAAUUGUAUCAAGUUAUGGCAGCAGCAGAUAGAAUUGAAAUGUUGAUCGAAGAGAGAAAUUCACCAAACAUCUCAAGUACCAAAUUGUAUGAUGGUUCAGAUGUUACCACUGACAACCCUAGUGACAGUGACCAAACUACUGUUGACGUAGAUAAGAAUGUUUUCUCUUUCAUGAAAAUUCUCAAGCCGAAGAAAAUACAAAAUAUAUCAAAAAAGUACAAAGUUUGCAUCGAAGAAUCGGGAUCAAAAAUUUCAUUUAUACCUGGCCAAUCAAAAAGUCUGACAGGCAACCCAGAUAUAACUGGUGCGGCUAAAAGUUUUAACAAUCUUUAUUUUCGGUUUUCAUCCGAUAUUCAAAGAAAAUCUAUUGAAACCAAAUUUUUAUCGAAUUCUACUCCCAGUAAAAUAAAUGAAGCUGUUGAUUUCAUUAUGAAGAAAAAUCCAAAAGUGUACAUAAGUAAGGCAGUCUCAGAGCAAGACAAGAAGCUCAUUAUUUUAGCAACUUCAGAAUCCGAAGCAGAUCAAGAAAUUAAAACCUUACUACAAAUGUUUCCACUUACACAAAACGAGGAAUUGGCUUGUUAUUGGUUUGGAAAUGUUAAGAUUGUUGUCAUUCGUGGGGAUUUUCGAAACGAACGUACAGAUGCUAUAUUAUCAGAAGUCGAUUUUAUGGGUGCUGGGAAAGUCGUUGCGGCAUGCAAUGAUAGUGUGAAAGCUGAAAUAAAUGACUGGAAACAAUCAAAAGAUAUUCUCUUUACAGUUGGAGGUGGUGAUCUUCAGUGUAAAAGAGUGAUUCACUAUACCAUUCAUAGGCCAAUUUCUGAGUUGAAAUUGGAAGAACAAAUUCGCAAGGGAAUUGAGAAAGCCAAUGAUUUGAAAAUGAAAACUAUUUCUGUACCAGUGGAUUGUAUAGGUGAAGGUCUCGAAAGUAAAGCUAUCAUACUAGCUGUGUUGAAUGGGAUUUCAUCGUUUUUGUCUGAAUGCCGAGUGAUUAGCAAAAAGGUUUAUAUAUCUGAUAUUCAUUUUGUGGUUGCUAGUCGAUCCGAACUUCAAGAUGUCAUUAGUACCGUUUCAGCAAGGCUCGGGGAAAUGGAUACGUCAAGUUCAGUCUCAUCUGCAUCUUCGAUGCAAAGUAUCAGCGCAUCAAGCUCAAGUGAUACAUCAUCAGAAUGUUGUCCCAUAUGUCUUGAUGAAAUGUCUGGUGCUGUAGCAUUGAAGACAUUAGAUUGCAAACAUGCCUUCCAUCAAUCUUGUAUAGAUAAGGCAUUCACAGUAUCGAAGAAAUGUCCGAUGUGCAUGAGAAAUUAUGGAAAAGUUGAAGGUACUCAACCUAGAAAUGCGACCAUGCAUUCAACAGUCAUUAGAAACUCAUUACCUGGGUAUAGAUGCGAUACUAUUCAGAUCAACUACAAUAUUCCAUCUGGCACACAGGGGCCAGAGCAUCCAAACCCAGGAGCACGUUAUCGUGGGACUUCCAGAACAGCUUACCUGCCCUAUGACACACUAGGGAAGGAGCUAUUGCAUUUGCUCAAAAAAGCUUUUGAUGCAAGACUGACAUUUACUGUAGGAAGAUCUGUUACAACCGGAUGUGAUAAUUGUGUAACCUGGAAUGAUAUUCAUCACAAGACGAGCAUGCAUGGGGGUCCAGCAAAUUUUGGAUAUCCAGACCCAACGUAUUUGACCAGACUGAGGCAAGAACUUGCAGAUAAAGGAAUAACAAACUGAUUUGUGUAUUAUACCAUAACCAUGUGUGUAUUUAUUGUAUUUGUCAAAAUGUACCUUUUUAUUUGCUUCUGAUAAAAUAUCUCUAUCUCCUCUUUCCACUAAUCAUUGUAAUUAAAUGUUUACAUAAACCAGUGCUCUUCAACAGGGGUUCCGCGGAACCCUAGGCCAGGGGUCCGCAACUACUUUUUAGUGCGACCCCAAAUUUUUUUUUCUAAUUUCUCUCGACCCAAGCAUUUGGUGAACAUGUAAUUGGUUUGAGACUAUUAUUGAGUUUUUUGUCGGCCGUUGAUCCCCACUGAUUGAAGACGCAAAGAUGUUUGAAGGUGCAUGCGGUGUUCUGUUCUCACUUAAUUUCUCCGUUGUAUCUUCCGCUCUUGGCUUUUCUUGGAGUAUUCUUCAGUAACCAGUUUGUCAACAUUAUUUGUGACUAAAACUAUGUUUAAAAUUCUUAAUCCUGCUAAAUUUUGAAUUUAAUCAAGAAUGCCUUACAAUAACAGAUGUAACAGCCGGACUAUUUAAUUUAAUGGAAAAAUCUCUUCAUCUGUUGUUAUCAAGCAAUUCCACACGGCUACGGCUAACCUCUUAUUGCUACCAAACACAAUUGUUUACGUAGUAGGAUAAUACCAAUUAACAAUGCAAACAAGUACGUAAUGAAUGAUUCCCCGACUUUCGAUCCCAG